UAUGCUCAACAAAUCAUCUUAUCAAAAUGAGCUGGAUUCAAUUGAAAGACAAGCUCGUGGUAACGCCAAGAAAACGCUUUCUGAGUUACUUCGGCUGCCAGAGAAUCUAGAAAAAGUGGAAUUUCAUAGGGAAACGGUUGCACAGAAAAAGAGUUCUGUAGAAGCAAUGCUGAAAUCUGCUGUUGAGUCAAAUUUAGACGGUGUAAAAACUGGUUUGACUCAGCUCUCAAAAGCUCAGAAUGAUAUAAUGGCUAUAAGAGAUAAUCUGAAAGAAAUUGCGAAAAUUUUCGGUGAUGUUAAAGAAGCUAGUAGAAAGUUAGAAAAAGUUAAAGAAGAAAAUUCUCGACAUUCUCUUUUAGCAACAGCAGUUGAUAACGUAAAAUAUAUAUUUAAUGUCCCUGAAUGCGUGAAAUCAUGUCAGAAAGCUAUUGAUGAAAGUCGAUUGCUUCAGGCUCAUAAAUUAUUAUGUGAUUUGGAGACGUCACGAAACGAUCUUCUUUUAGAAUUACAUAAUCAUCAAACAGAAUCUUCAACUGAACAAUUCAAGAGAGUCAGAAAUUAUUUUGAACAAGUUCAAAAUUUAAGAGGAUCGUUGGAAAAGCAAUUAUUUAUGAUAUUGUCGCGAGUUCUAGAUGGUGUUAAAAAAGAACCUAAGAUGAUAGUAAACGUUUUGAGGAUUAUUGAGAGAGAACAAAUGGCUGAUAAUUUAUUUAUAUCACAAUACGACACCUAUGGCUUCCUACCACCCGGUAGACCUUUAAAAUGGCGAAAUAGGUGUUUCGAAACCCUUCAGAAAACAGUUUCAGAAAGAAUAUCAGCAAAUCAAGCAGCCGACAGAUCACAAGAGUCGAGAUGGAUUACUAUAAAUUUAGAACAUAUUCGACAGGCCACAUUAAAUGAUUUAAGAACUGUUAAUAUGCACUGCCAGCAUACUUUUCCUCCAGUUUAUAAAAUACAAACUAGAUUUCUUCAAAUGUACCAUGAAGCAAUUUCCAAACACUUAGAAGAAUUAAUUGAUAAAGACUUGACCACUAGAGAAGAAAUUUUCGAAAUUUUAUCUUGGGAAUCUGAAUAUUAUUCCGAAGGGUUAAUGAAACAUUCAACUCUAAGUUUUGAUCUCACUGGUUUAAAACCUCUAAUAUCUGAAAAGCUUAAGUUAGACUUAAAGGACAAGUACAUUCGUUUAACAAAAACGGAGUUGACAAAUUAUCUGAAUAACACUUUACGCUUGGAGAAAGGGGAAUGGAUAGAUAAUUCUAAAGAACCCAGUUCAGACUCUGAAGGACAUUUCAAGACAGAGCUACCCUAUUUAAUAUCAUCGUAUUGUGAGAGAACAAUGAAUGAAGCAAAGAGUAUUUCGGACGACCUAGCGACAGAAGUUAUGAACAUUUGGGCGGAAGAAAUGGAACAUUUCCACCGUUCAUAUUUAGCCGCCCUGAAAGACUUCAAAGAUAAUCAUACAGGAAAUAGGCAAAAAUAUAGCUUUUAUGUGCAACAAAUUAUAGCCAAUGCCAACAGUUGCGAAAGUAUAGAACAGUGUCUAAUAGGACAUCGGCGAAGGUUCACUCCAUCGAAGACUUACUCUCUAGAAGAUAGCAAGUUGGACAAAGCAAUGGUUAAUUAUAAGGCCUUAUCUAAAACACUUUGUAAGGACUAUCUUAUGGAAGAAUUAGCUGAAGAUAUAAAACAAUAUAAGUCAGUAUUAUUUACUGCUAAGUGGAUUGGAUCAAAUGAAGUUAUGCAAACAAUCAAUGCCACAAUAGAGGAUUAUAAUAAUGAUUUCAGACACUUAAAUGAUGAUUUACAUUUAUAUUUGAUGUCUGAAAUUAAACGUGAUAUUCAAACAUUUUACUAUAGAAGCAUGUUUUCACCUAAAAUAGCGUUCAAAUCUCCAGAGCAAAGAAAGCAAGUCUGUGAUCAAAUUCAGAUUGAGAUAUCAUCAACAUUGAUUCUGUUUAAUAAAAUCUGUCCUAGAUGUGUCAAUGAGAAUGAUCCUUUCUCAGAAACUAUUGUCAAGUACAUUUUGGAGCCUAUUAUAAUGACAGACACAGAACUUUUAUCUAUGGCUUUAGAAUUAAUAAAAACUCACGUACUAGGUCUAAAACUGGAAAAACUUACUGGUUUCUUAGCAAUGAGAGAGGAUUUGAAUAAGAGUGCUGCCGAGGCAAAAAUAAAGGAAAUUAUAGAGGAUAGCGCCGGAAAAACUGAUGACAAAUAUCUGAACACAGAUAAUUUCUUCUCCAAAAUCUAA